AUGGAUUACAACAUCCUCGUCAAAAUAUUCACGACUCUGAACUUUAUGGAUAUAAUUUCCAACGUUUCUCUGGUGUGUAGCUCAUGGCGCUCAGCUUGUUGUGACCCGGCUCUUUGGACAAAACUCGAUUUAAGUACACUGAGCCCUGACUCCAAUGAUGUUCUCCCAAAACCAUAUACUUUGUCUGAUGACGAAUCAGGCAAGAUAUUAACAAAAAUCUUGAAGAGUGCUUUAAAUCUCAGUCGUGGGAACGUGACUUGCUUGGUUUUCAACUACUUUAUAUCCAUAAAUGAUGAACACUUGGUCUGCGCAUCAGAGAGGAGCCCUAACCUAAAACGACUCAUUCUACCACUUAAUUGGCAUCAAUUAACAGAGAGUGGAAUUCAACAGUCUUUCAAAAUGUGGGAAGGGCUCGAGUCUUUAACUGUUCCUAGCGUCAUUGCUCCUUUCAAAAUAAUGGAGGCGGUUGGCUCAUACUGCAAGAGCUUCUCUGAACUUAAACUUCAAUGCUUUUUCAACCUCAACUUUGCUGUUGCCCUUACUAAGAAUGUACCAAAGUUGAAGGUAUUGAGUCUCCGGGGAACAAUGGUGCACAACCAAGCUAUGAUCUAUAUAUUGGACAACUUCAAACAUUUAGAAGUGCUCAAUAUGUGUCAUUGUCAAAUGAAAGAAGUUUAUCAGUAUGAAGUUGGCUUUACAUUGUAUCGGGAAAUUGACCCACCGAUUAUUGAAAAGUGCUCGCGGCUUAAGAAGUUUCUCACUUGUCAAAGAGAUACCUGCAAUAUGUGUAAGUGGAGGCCUUACAAUGAAAGGGUCUUGGAUUGGGCUGAAUUUGAACAGAGAUGUUGGAGAGAGGAUGAGGCAGCAAGCUAG